AUGCCUCCAAUUCGCCGUGAUAAUAUGGCAGCACGUCAUCGUGGGUGCGAAUUGGCCCCAUAUGAACGUACUAAGCUUAUAGAGCUUAAAUCAAUUGGCUGGUCAUAUAAAGAGAUUCACGAUCGAUAUCCUUCGAUUCCAAUCUCCACAAUCAAGUCCACAUGGCUUAGAUCUAAUCAGAAAGGGCCCUCGCAAGAGACGUUACCCCGCUCUGGCCCACCAAAGAAGCUUAAUGAGGAGGAUAAGGAGAAUAUCCUUCAAGCGAUUGACGAUAACCCAUGCGUUAAAUAUGAUGAACUUCUUGCAACAGUUGACCAUAAGGUCUGUCGAGAUACGAUGUGGAGACUUCUUCGCGAAGAGAAUAAACGGGAAUGGCUUCGUCUUCGACGCCCAGCGCUUACUGGUAGACUGGCCGUUGUAUUUUUACAAUACAAAGAGUAUAGGAGAAGCAUUCUAGUUUACCAUGCAUCCAGAAAGCAUGGGAUUUUGGGUCUCGAACCACUUGCCAAACAUUACGUUGAGCAGUUCGGUGAAGAAUUGUCUCUGUAUGACGUACUUCGCCUAGCAAGGGAUGUAUUUUCAACUCUCCCUGAAGGCGAGACUUGGCUCCCCACUUACAUCAAAAGCCAUUUACUGCGGCUGAAGCUUGGGAAUCUAAACACCAACCUGCUAGAGCUUUAUAGUGCUCUUGGUCAUGAUCAUCAUUUUGAUAAUAUUGUCAUGAAAAUGGUGGUUGACAUGCUGUCCGAACACAUUUCGGAUGCUACCUUGAAAAGUGAAAUAUUUAUGGCUAACGCGAGACACUUAACAGCAGAUCCUGCCGCCGAGGACCCUGUUAUCGAAGAUCCUGUCCUCAAAGAUCCUGCAGCUGAAGAGCCUAACGUCGAAGAAGCUAUCGUCGAAAUGUCUGUCGAGGAAUGGAUUAUUGAUAAGCCCUGCUCAGUGGAAGGUUUGCCUGAUGUCCCUUUACCUCUACAGUAG